AUGCCGCUGCCUUUCUUGUCUGAAGUGCCUUUGAGCAUUGCUCUUCCAGCGGCCGCCACAGCCCUAGCCUACCUGAAUGCGAAACACUCACUUUUCUACGACGUCAACCUUUUGAGAGCAAUGUUUAAGAUGAUGAAGAGAAAGAACUCGGCAGAAAAGAGCGAUCGCCUGAACCUCUUCUAUGUCCUUGAGAGCCACGCCCUCUCCCCCGACACCGCCGAUAGAGAUUGUCUAGUCUAUAACGGCCGAACAUGGAGCUUCCGUGAGACUUAUGAUAUGUCCCUCCGCUUCGCCAAUUGGUUCAAAAAUGUACACCACGUGGGCCGCAAGGAGAUUGUCGCCAUCGACUGCAUGAAUUCGUCCACCUUCCUCUUCAUGGUCCUUGGACUAUGGAGCAUUGGGGCAGUGCCUGCGCUCAUCAACUAUAACCUGACUGGCAAACCUUUGGUCCAUUCUCUCAAGGUGUCGAGUGCCAAACUUGUGAUUGUGGAUGAGGAGGUCCGCAAUAAAUUCACAGCGAAGUUAAUGGAGAAAUUUACCUCCCCAGAUUUCCGCGAUGGGAAGGGCCCGAUCGAGGUUGUAUUCCUAAGUUCCGAUGUGGAGGCCCAGGUCUUGCAUAUGGAGCCCAUGCGUGAGGAAGAUAAGGCGCGCUCUGGUCUACUCCCACGGGAUAUGGCGCUGUUGAUUUAUACCAGUGGUACUACAGGCCUUCCCAAGCCCGCAAUUGUCAGCCUGCAGAAAGCCUGGUCCGGCGCUGGCUUCGUAGGACACUGGAUGAGUAUGACUCCUGCGGAUCGCUUCUUUACGUGCAUGCCUCUGUACCAUGCUUCGGCAUCUGUACUUGGGUUCGUCACCACCCUGCACAUUGGCGCUACACUGAUUAUUGGGCGCAAAUUUUCUGCGCGGAACUUCAUGAAUGAGGCUCGUGAGAACGACGCGACAAUUGUGCAAUAUGUUGGCGAGACCCUUCGAUACAUUCUGGGCGUGGCGCCCCAUAUCGAUCCGACUACCGGCGAGGAUUUGGAUAAGAAGCACAAUAUUCGCAUUGCAUUCGGCAACGGCCUCCGCCCUGAUAUCUGGAAUCGAUUCAAGGAACGUUUCAACAUCACCACUGUUGCUGAAUUCUACGCUGCUACGGAGGGUACGGCUGGGUCAUGGAAUCUCUCAUCCAACGAUUUCUCGGCGGGCGCCAUUGGUCGGAAUGGAAUAAUUGGAAAUGUCGUAUUCGCUCGCAGCACAGCCAUUGUUGACGUGGAUUGGGAGACUCAGGAACCUUGGCGGGACCCGAAAACCGGCCUUUGCAAGAAGGUUCCUCGAGGUGAUCCUGGUGAGCUUCUCUUCCGAAUCGACCCCGCCGACCCCAGUGCAGCUUUCCAGGGUUACUUCAGGAAUGCCAAGGCUACCGAGAGCAAGAUUGUGCGCGACGUCUUGAUGAAAGGCGAUGCAUAUUUCCGCUCAGGUGAUGUGGUUCGAUGGGAUACGGAUGGUCGCUGGUACUUUUCCGAUCGCCUGGGCGAUACAUUCCGGUGGAAGGGUGAGAACGUCUCAACCAACGAGGUUGCAGAGGUUCUCGGCUCUCACCCAGAGGUACACGAAGCCAACGUCUAUGGCGUGGCUCUGCCGAACCAUGAUGGCCGCGCUGGGUGUGCAGCGCUGGUCUUGAAUCAGCAGCUAGCUAGUGGUAGUUCUUCUGGCCCAGCGCUGGAACCCUCGCGCGCGACACUUGACAGCAUUGCUGCGCAAGCCCUGAACAACCUGCCGCGCUAUGCAGCCCCGCUUUUCCUUCGCUUCACGCCCGAGAUGCAAUCCACCGGUAAUAACAAGCAGCAGAAGCAUGUCUUGCGUACUGAGGGUGUGGAUCUUUCCCAGGUAUCUAAGAACGACCACUUAUACUGGCUCCAGGGUAACUCUUACGUUCGAUUUGAACAGAAAGAUUGGGAUCGAUUGAAUGGUGGACAAGCUCGGUUGUGA